UUGUGUUAAAAGCAUUAAUUACACUGUAGCUCAUUCCAGACAUUUUAAAUCGAUGUCGAUGAGAAAAUUCACUAUAAAUACAAAUCGAUCGUAACAAUUUUUAGAAAAUUUAAACUUAUAAAUAAUUCAGAAAUCAAAAUAAAAAAUAAUACAUUUGUAAUAUAAAACUUUGAUUAUAAGAUUAUUUUCUAUAAUUUUUAUUAUUAUUUUUUUAAUGUAUCCGUGUUAGUUUUGUCGAUCGUCGCUAGAGGACGGUAAGUUACAGUUGUGGUGCUUAUGCUUAUCUGUAUAGUUGUGUUCUUGUUGAAAUCAGUUCUGUCAAUUAAAUAAAAAAAAAAUAAUAAUAAUUUGUAUUUAUCGAAAGGAUUUUUCUCAAAUUAUUAAUUAUUUUUAUGUGACGCUGAAUUGUUUAGUCUUAUCAUUAUUUCCCCAAGUAUUGCUCAGGGAAAGAAUAUAUAUAAGAUGGCUACAGAAGAUGAGUUUGUGGAGCCUAUUAGUAAUAAGGAAAAGAUACAAAUAGUAACGGAAUUUAUGUUGCGGGCUCCACCGGGAGAAUUCAAUGAAGUGUUUAAUGAUAUUCGGGUCCUGCUCAAUAACGAUAUGUUAUUAAAGGAAGAAGCUAUUGAAGCAUGUGGAAAAUAUAACAAAGAGCAACUAAUUCCUAUUAGAAUUGAAGGCCUACAACACAAAGUAUUGCUUACUGAAUAUAAUGAAUUAGAUAAAGGUUAUUUUUAUGAUCCAAGGAGUGGCAAAGCAUUUAAGUAUGAUCAUUUGCGAAAAGAAGUGUCUGAUGUUCAUCCUAUGGAGAGUGAUAUGUAUAUAGAACCAUGGCGUUCAGCAUUAGAAUCUUUAUGGAUAACAUAUACCCAAGAUCAUUAUAAACAUGGCACUUGUUCUGUGUUUGGUACCGUUCAACAUGGAGAUAUUGUUCUCAUUGCAUGUAUUGAAGAUCAUCAGUUUCAACCAAAGAAUUUUUGGAAUGGACGUUGGCGAUCCAUUUGGACAAUAACAAUUCCUUCUGGAUUAGGAGUAGCAGAUAUUAAUGGAUUAGUAAGAGUGCAGGUUUGUUAUAUUUAUAGUUAUAUAUUAUCAAAUUAUAAUAAAAUUUAAAUUUUUAUAAGUUAUUUUGAAUUACCAACUA